AUGUUACCGUUUCCGGUAUUUCAACCGACAUUACCGUCAAUUUUUAUAACGCCAACAUUCCCAACGUUAUUUCCGUCACAGAAUAGCGCAUUUUCAUCACCGCAAAGUAUCAGUCCACCAAUUGUUAAAGAACCACCAACAAAUCCAUCAAAAUUAUUUUUAGUGGAAAAUUUGUUACCAUCAAUAACAGAAAAAGUUAAUACACCGGCAUCGAAAACAAAAAAGAAAACAGUUUUUUUUUUACAGGUUUCAACAAAUGUUGAAUUUGUUAACGGUGGUUACGGUGUCAAAAAUCCAAUCCUACAAAACAGUCGCAUCGUUGACAUCGAUCCAACGCCAACAAAAACAUCUGAUGGCAUGUUGACAUGUCGAAUUUGUGGAAAAAAAUUUGCUUUACAAAGACUGCUUAAUCGACAUUCCAAAUGUCAUUCGGAAAUUAAAAGGUAUUUAUGUACAUUCUGUGGCAAAGGUUUCAACGAUACAUUUGAUCUGAAACGGCAUACAAGAACUCAUACAGGUUUAGACUUUAAUCUCAUAAUUCUUUAG